AUGCCUCCUCUCUUUCUCAACAGCAUGGCCCCGAACAUCACCAUUCUCCCUGGCUCCAACACCAUUCUCCACUACCUCAACACCACGAACCCAACCCAAACCAUCCCUCCAGAGCUCCUGCUCAACAGCACCGUCACGCCAUCGCUGCUCCCCUUCAACACCACCAACCUCAAUACCGCUCGAAACAAUCAGGACCCCCCGAACGUUCUGCAGUUCGUGGGCGAGGGCAUCGGUAUACUGGUUGGAAUCAUUGGCUUGGUUGUCGGAAUCCUGCAAUGGUCUGAUGGUGGCUUGUGGCGAGACAUGGUUGGAGCGGGUGGCCAGACGAGGCGGUUGGAGGGGGUGAUUGGGGUUUCUGUGGUUGUAGUAACUGAUGUAGCCAAAGACAACACUCCAACACCGGGCAUAUCCAACGCACAUCCUGGCAGACAUCUCCACCAAGUCGACGUUAGCCCUGCAUCUCUAGCAAGAACGACACCGACUCCUCUCCUCACCACUCCGUACACUCCCCUCCUCCGUUUCCAACGCUCUUCUCGCUAUUCUUUAUUUCGCCGUCACCACAACACGAUGACCACCACCCCUAGCGAACCAUCAACGACCCAACCAACGCACCCCGACACCAAUACCGCAGUGCCCGUGCCGCAGACACCCAGCACCACCCACCCAUCUCAGCAAAUCUCUUGCUCCACAGCCCAGCCUGCGAGACCACAGCGCCCACGCCUCCAGGAGCCAACUUGCCGACCCGCCGACCCCAGCCAACAAACCGACAAGUCCACACUCUCGACAUGCAAACGCUGGCCGAGCGCCACACUGCUGCGCACGAAACGCACCUGCGUGCUACUCACCCGCAACAACACCAACGCCCCCGGGCCCUUGAACCAACAUGCAUUCAACCGUCUCCAGAAGAAAAGGAGGGAGGGAAGGAGGUCCGCACGCCCGCUCAGAGCCAUCGAGGUCGAGGUCAAGGUCGAGGUUAAUUUCAGAAUCAAGAUCAAGAUCAAGAUCAAGGUCAAGGUCAAGGCAAAGGUUAAGAACCAGACAUGCAAAGCAGAGGGGCAGUGGGGACGUGGGCUGGUGACGUGUUAUGUAGGAACGGGGGUCGGUCCGCGCAGAGGUCCUGAGCUCUGUGCUCCGGGACAGUGCAUGGGGGUGUGUGCCAGGGGACGUGCUGCAGGUGCGGGAGAGCUACAGAAACGCGGGGUAGGCGUGGGAUCAAGCACGACACAGCAUCAAGACUAG